UGACGAUCAUUUAUUAAUUUGGUACAAGAAGGAAGUUGUUUUAAAAACUAGUUUUUUUGUUUGUUUGUUUGUUUUUUUUUUAAGAAAGAAAAAGACCUGUAGCUACUGGCAGAGUGGUACUGCAGUGCUUCCUGGGAAAUGUAGUUUGCUGUAUCAUGAAAUCUUUGUGCAUUGAAACCUAGGCUUCUCUCCCACUACUAAUUGCAUCUGUUUGCAAGUCCUAGCCCACCUGGACUGAUGCAAUUUCCCCAGGCACCCCAUGCGCUCGGUCCUCACUGUAAGCUAGGCUACCUUUGUUCUUUGGUUGGUCACGUGAACCAAUUCGCCACGCAAGUCUGGGUCCUCAAGUCUUCCAAGGGGUCCUCGCUGCCUCGGAGGCGCUCCUAAAGCUGCCUGCUCGCGCGAGAGUUUGGAGGGGCGGGCUUAGGGUGGAGCGACCCUGUUACACUAAAGAUGAAAGGCUGGGGUUGGCUAGCCCUACUUUUGGGGGUCCUGCUGGGAACUGCCUGGGCUCGAAGGAGCCAAGAUCUACACUGUGGAGCUUGCAGGGCUCUGGUGGAUGAAUUAGAGUGGGAAAUUGCCCGCGUGGACCCCAAGAAGACCAUUCAGAUGGGAUCCUUCCGAAUCAAUCCAGAUGGCAGCCAGUCAGUUGUGGAGGUACCUUAUGCCCGCUCAGAGGCCCACCUCACAGAGUUGCUUGAGGAGGUGUGUGACCGAAUGAAGGAGUACGGGGAACAGAUUGACCCUUCUACCCACCGCAAGAACUACGUACGCGUCGUGAGCCGGAAUGGAGAAUCCAGUGAACUAGACUUACAGGGCAUCCGAAUUGACUCAGAUAUCAGCGGCACCCUCAAGUUUGCGUGUGAGAGCAUUGUGGAAGAAUACGAGGAUGAGCUUAUCGAAUUCUUCUCCAGAGAGGCUGACAACGUUAAAGACAAACUUUGCAGUAAGCGGACAGAUCUAUGUGACCAUGCCCUGCACAGAUCUCACGAUGAGCUAUGAAUCACUGGAGCAAGCAGCCUACACCAAACGUGAUGGAACACCCCCAGGAGGGGAAGAUGGCAGCAUUGCCUUUUAUAUUACGUUUUUAUGGAAAUGAACUGAAAAAAACUCUUGAAACCGAAAGUA